UCCUGUGGGCGGAGAGGGGAUUCCGGUUCCGGGUGUUUUCAUAUCCCUCUCGGAUGCGUUCAUCCCUUUUGAUUAUGGUCUUUUAUCAGAAACUUCUCAAGAUUGACGACUGAUUAAAGUGUAGGUGUUUACAUUACGAAGGUCCAACUGAAGCCGUGACCAUGGCGACCCGCUCGGAGAGGGAGAAGGCCCAGAAACUCAACGAGCAGCACCAGGCCAUCCUGUCCAAAAUGCUGAGAGAGGAAGACAACAAGUACUGCGCCGACUGCGAGGCGAAAGGUCCGAGGUGGGCAUCCUGGAAUCUGGGAGUAUUUAUCUGCAUCCGGUGCGCAGGUAUCCACAGGAACCUAGGAGUACACAUAUCCAGAGUUAAAUCAGUCAACCUGGAUCAGUGGACCUCAGAACAGAUCCAGAGUAUACAGGACAUGGGUAACACCAGGGCCAGGAAGCUCUAUGAAGCCAACCUUCCAGAAAGCUUCAGAAGACCUCAAACAGACCAAGCUGUGGAAUUCUUCAUCAGGGAUAAAUAUGAGAAGAAGAAAUACUACAGCAAGAAUGUGACCAAUGGGAGCAGUCCCAAAGACGUAAAGACAGAGAAGGAGCCAGACAGAGGGAGCAAGGUGUCAUCGUACACCAAGAGUGAAGAGCCCAGGCCAGUUCCAAAAAUCAGCCCCGCUAAGACUUCAGAACCUUCUGUGAACCUACUAGGCCUUGACGCACCAACAGCUGCAUCGACUAACAAUGGUAGCACGAGCACAAGCCAGAACAACAAUGACCUGGAUAUAUUCGGCCCCAUGGUGUCCAACCCCCUCCCUGUGUCCUCGUCGGCAGCUCAGUUUCCUCAGGUGAGCUCCAGUAAUGCGGCCAGCACUCCGACACAAGCUCCAGCCGCUGGAGCAGCAGGAGGCGGAGCCAGCUCGGGAUCCGGGCAGGGAGACCUGGACCUGUUCAGUGACAGCAGUAGCACCCCUAAAACUGACGAUUCGGCCAAAAAGCCUCUGUCCAAGGACUCCAUCCUGUCCCUGUAUGGAACAAACAGCAUGUCCCAACAGGCGCCCGCUGCUGGGAUGUUCAUGGGCCCCUCCCAGAUGCAGUUUCCUGUUCAGGCUGCUGCUGGUUAUCAGGCCUUCCCUGGCAUGGGCACCGCCAUGCCACCCACAACUGUCAUGGGGGCCAUGAUGGGGCCCAAUCCGGGCAUGAUGGUCGGGAUGACGAUGCCUAACGGCUUCAUGGGGAACGCACAAGCUACAGGUGUGAUGGGCAUGGCACCGAGGAUGAUGGGACCACAGGGUGGUGCGAUGCCAGCAGGCAUGGUGCCAGCUCAGGGCAUGUACGCCAUCCAGCCCGGGCAGCAGGCUCAGUGGAACAUGGGUCAGGUGAACCAGCAGAUGUCGGGGUUGACUCUGAACAGUGCAGGUGGUCAGAUGGCCUUCGCUCAGCCUCCGUCAGCUAUGGGGGGAUGGGCCGCUGCUGGAUCUGGCCAGACCCUGAGCACUCAGCUGUGGAAGUGAGCCUUCGAGCAGGUUGAUGGUCGGGCAGAGUAAGAGUCGAGGUCGCAGCAAGUGCAAAAUGUAUCUUGUGCUUCUCUGUGCCUCGCUAUGAACUGAUGCCCUGCUCCAUUGUGGACCAGCCUUCAGAACAUGGAAAUUCUCUCUCUUUUUUUCCCUUCUCCCUUUCUCUGUCUCUCUAUUUCUCUCUAUUGUGUGAGUGAAUUGGGAGUCAUACAGGAUUACAGCCUGGCAGUUUCUGCCUGUCGUAUGGUUUUUGAUCAUUACUUUUAUUUUCCUUUUUUGGAAAAAAAAAAAUGACAAGGAAAUAACAGUCCCAACAAAAAUGAUACCGACAUAUCAGAAAAGCUGCAGGACCAGUUACACGAGCUUUUAUUGUAUCACUGUAUCAUUAUAAGAUUAUAGAACAUUUAAUGAAUAGUAUUUAAAGGGAGAAGAUUUUGACUAUCAAGUCUGUCUGUGCUGCUCCCAAAUGUACAGCGCUGUAUAACCUUCUUUUAAAGUACUUGUGGUUCCCCUAUAAAAUUAAAGUGAUAAGAAAUGA